GUCCGCCUUCCGCUCGCAUCCCUUUCUUUUCAUACAGGCUGCGCAAGGCCGGUGAGAGACGGCAAAUCGGCUGCAAUCGCGCUUGGGGGAAGUGAUUUGUCGCACAUGUACGGGAGGAUAAAGUCGCGUAUUAAUGCAGAGACCCAGGAGAGUUCGAUGUAGUUUUCAGUUUACAAUAGAAUCAUUACAUUUUUCUUGACAUUAAGCAUUGCAUCGCACAGGCUGGGAUAUCCCGACGACGCAUCCCCAGGUUUGCCAUGUGGUCUAGGUGCUGUUUUUAAGGGUGCCAGGCGGACGACGUAGACCUUUUCGCCGGCUUCCACAAACACACCUCGCCUACAUUCAUACAAGUGGAGGCGAUGCACCUGUACGGAGCCGGCUUGCACUUUUCAUCGCCCGGAGCUACCGGAUUCAACGCUGCGCUGCUGCAUUUACGAUUGAUUAAAGCGCGGUACUGGAUCACACAUUAUAUCAGGGAUCUUGUCAUAGGCGUAUGAUACUAGGAAUAUAGAGCAAAUGAAAUACACAAAGUUGUUUUUAUGUAUCGAUCAGCUUGAAACAAGGAUAGGCGUAUUAAAAGAUGUCCGCAAUAGUAAUGCAACAGCAACGGCAGACGGAGCUUUGACAAAACAUCGAGCCUCCUCCUUUUUCGGUAAAUUUUCAAUUUAUUUAUUCAUCCGAAACCUAUCUACCCUAGAUAUAAUAAGAAGAUACAGCAUUAACAAAUUAAACGAAGCUUGUCAGUGUACCGAUGAAGAACCGAGGGGAUGACAUAGCCAGCAAAUCUGCAGCGACGUUAGUGGUAUUGUUUUUAUCUUGCGAACUUGUGGGGGAGUACUAUUGCGGUGUCAUGGUACAUAAUAUGUGGGUCUUACAAUAUCCUAGUAUGUUGGUAAUUUCGUGAUAGUAGCUACAUGUUUGGACUGUUGCAUCUGAAACGUGGACACGGCGCGGUAUUUAUUAUUCUAAAUAACAUACGACAAAGAUUUUCCUUGAUAAAUAUACAGUGUCGGGGUAACAGAUUAUACUGUGUGGGUUUUAGAAAUCUAAUGAAUACAGAUGUGUUAAGUUCCGCCCUUCAACGUUAUGCAUUGAAUAUAGUCUGAAAUUAAUAUUUGAGAAAUAAUCAUGCCGAAAGUGGUACAAAAGUGGUGCCACCGGGCCGCAUAAAGUUGAGCCGGAUCACUGUCACACUGCGCGUGCAUGGUUCUCCCGUGUAGCCGGCGGCUGCCUGUGCUCGAAGCCCCCGAUGGUGCUGACCCAGCGCUGGGAGAGGCUCGCAACCCGCAGUGUGUUCCUCGACCCGCCGUCGCGACUGCGCUCCAGGAUGCUGCGGCAGCUCCUCCACGAAGGACUCAGGACGUCUUUCUACAGGCUCGGACACUUUAUCGCCAACCACCCGGUCUUCUUCGCCUCGGCGCCCGUGCUCAUCUCCAUCCUGCUCGGCGCCAGCUUCAGUCGCUACCGCAUCGAGGAGAACGUGGAGCACCUGUUGGCUCCCAAGCACAGUUUGGCCAAGAUAGAGGGCAACUUGGUGGACAGCCUGUUUCCCGUCAACAGAUCGAAGCACACGCUGUACUCGGACCUGCAGACGCCGGGGAGAUACGGGCGCGUGAUCGUCACCUCCGGGCGGGGAAGCGUCUUGGACCAACACCAUGUUGAUCUUAUUUUGAACCUCCACAGCGCCAUCACCCGAAUCCAGGUGGACAUGCUGGGCUUCAACUACACCUUUGCACACCUGUGCCUGCUGGAUGACAGCAACAGCUGCAUCGUGGAUGACAUCCUACGUGUGCUGGAGGAGCUGCGGGUGUGGCGGGCCUCCAACCGGACAGUGCCGGCCCUGCGCUACCCCAUCACACGGUUGCGCGACGGCCGCGAGGCCUACAUUGGCCACCAACUGGGCGGGGUGCAGAGAGUUGGCCGCGAUGGGGCCGCAGUGCGCUCCGCCCGCGCCCUGCAGCUCACAUACUACCUGCAGGCGGCCGGGGCGCUCAACGAGGCGGUGGCGUCACGCUGGGAGACCCAAUUUUGCCGCACACUGGAGCGCUUCCGGGAGGCACACCCGGAGCUGGGCCUGCUGCCCUUCACCUCCUCCUCGCUGCAGCGCGACUUCCAGCGGAGCAGCCAUGUGGCUGGGCGCCCCCUGCUGGGCGGCCUAGCGCUGUGCGCGCUGCUCGCACUGCUGUGCUGCUCCAUGCGAGACUGUGUGCGCUCCAAGCCCUGGCUGGGCCUCCUCGCCUUGGUCACCGUGGGUCUGGCCACCCUCACUUCGGCCGGCAUCGUCAACCUCACCGGGGGCAAAUACAACUCCACCUUCUUGGGCAUCCCGUUCAUCCUGCUGGGACACGGCUUGCUGGGCACCUUCGAAAUGCUGUCAUCGUGGCGCCGCACGAGGGAGGACCAGCACGUGAAGGAGCGUGCGGCGGCCGUCUUCUCGGACUCCAUGCUGCCCUUCAGUGCAAGCACCGCCAUGUACCUGGUGACAUUCGGCAUCGGGGCCAGCCCCUUCACCAACAUUGAGGCUGUGCGCCUCUUCUGCAGGAACACCUGUGUGGCCAUCGUGUUCAGCUACCUCUACGUCCUCACCUUUUACGGUGCCAACCUUGUCUUUGCCGGCUACCUGGAAAACAACUACCAGCACAGCCUCUUCUGCCGGAAGGUGCCCCGGCCAGAGGUGCUGCAGCAGCGGCCCAGCUGGUACCGCUGUCUCAUGCACACGCAAUACAACGAGGAGGCCACUGAACCGGGUGACCUCCGUGCUUACGAGCGCCACCUGCUGGUGUCCUUUGUGAAGCACUACUACUGCGACUGGAUCACCAACACAUAUGUGAAGCCCUUUGUGGUCCUCUUCUACCUGGUCUACGUCUCCUUUGCCCUCAUGGGUUACCUGCAGGUUAGCGAGGGCUCUGACCUCAGCAACAUGGUUGCUACAGAGACUAGCACCAUUGCCUACACGCGGGCUCAGCAGAGGUUUUUCAGCAGCUAUAGCCCCGUCAUUGGUUUCUACAUCUACGAGUCCAUCGAGUACUGGAAUGCCAGCGUGCAGGAGGACCUCCUGGAGUACACCAAGGGCUUUGAGAGGAUCUCUUGGUUUGAGAGCUACCUGGGCUACCUGCGCAGCCUCAACCUGAGCUCCACACUGCCCCGGCACAACUUCACUGAGCUGCUGCGGAAUGGCUUCCUCAAGCAGCCGCAGUUCCUGCACUUCUCCGACGACAUCAUCUUCGCCCGCCGCAGCGACGGCGACGCCGACGUAGCCGCCUCGCGCAUGUUCCUUGUCGCUAAGACCACCGAGAACAAGAGGGAGGAGAUGUCAGUCUUGCUGGACACGCUCCGCCGGCUCUCGCAUACUUCUCGUGUGAAGUUCAUUAUCUUCAACCCCUCCUUUGUCUACAUGGACCGCUAUGCCGCCUCCGUGUGCGCGCCACUUAACAACGCCUGCAUCGCCGCCCUCUUCCUGCUCUUCUUCUCUGCCUUCCUGGCAGCUGACCCACUGGUAAAUGUGUGGCUCACGGUCACUGUGGCCUCAGUGGCCUUUGGGGCGGUCGGCUUCAUGACCCUGUGGCGGGUGGAGCUGGACUGCGUCUCCGUCCUCUGCCUGAUCCACGGUGUGAACCAUGCCAUUGACGCUGGCAGCCCCCUGGUCUCCACGUUCGCCUUGGGCCGGGACUACACGCGCACCCGCUGGGUGCAGCAGGCGCUUGAGCGGCACGGGGUGCCCCUGCUGCAGACCUACCUGUGCUAUGGCGCUGCCCUGCUGCCCCUGGCCGCCGUGCCGUCCAAUCUGACCCGCACACUCUUCCGGUGCCUCUUUCUCACAGCGCUCAUCACUCUUUUCCACUGCUUGGCCAUCCUGCCUGUGGUUCUGACGUUCCUGCCACCAUCCAAGAAGAAACGUAAGGGCAAGAAAGCCUCCGAGAACAGGGAGGAGAUUGAGUGUGUGGAGAUGGCAGAUAGUACUCGCGUGGUUGACCAAAUUACCACUGUUUAACUGGAAGAAGCAGAACCACCCAGGAUGGGCCAGGGCACACAGUAUGGGAGGAGAUGAUGACAGCAUCUGGCAGGGCUGGAUUGCAGAGCUUCAUAUAUGGAGUUUAGUGUGAGUGGAGCCAGUGACCAAAGUGGGUGUGGCCUGAUAUGAGGGUGGGUGAGUCCCAGACUCCAGCCUGCAGUGGUCCAGUGCAGUGUCCACAGCAUUAGAGAUUAGCAGCUGGUGUAAAGGUUUGCAAGUCACUCCUGAAUAUGGUUUGGACAGCAUUCAGAAAUGUAUAGCUUAGCGUGAAUUAGAAGUAUUCGUUCGCACGUUUCACCAUCUGUGAUUUGAACAGUAAUAGGUACAGCAUAUGGUCCUGUCUCUGUCAAGUGAACUGGGUGAAGGACAAACACGGAUGCACUGCUCCCAUGUUCGUGAUUGUUGUAUGUCUUUACUGGACUGUAGAUCUUGUUGUCAUAGUGACCUAUUACUUCAGGCAUUUCUGUUGAGGUUGGCUGAGCUGUCAUGAUGAAAUGCUGUUCUAGGCCUAACUGUAAAAGUGAGUGUCUUGCUUCCUGUGGUGAAUUUCUCAUGUAAGACCUGUGUUACAGUGUAGAGUCAUGUCUGGUUGAAUUUUACAAUGGUGAAAUUCAGUCCAGGGAACGCAGUGACAGAGUCUGACCAGUUGAAAUACCGGAAUAGGCAGAGUUUAGGCAGAGACAUCAGCUGGGUACUGGUUUGGUGGAUGAAUGUCAGAGCAGCUGUAAGGAUCACAGGGUAUGAAUCGGUGUAAGAGCAGAACCGCAGACUGGCAUGGUUACAGUUAGAGCCUUGGUUAUGGUUAGGGCCUUGGUUACGGUUAGGGCCACACUUAUAGCCUUGGGUGGAUUGUGUAGCUGGAGUGUGUGAGUCUAUACAUUAAAGUUGAAUAACUCCACAUUAAAGUGUUCAGUGCCGAUGACUUAUGCAGCACAACUAAAUAUAAUUAUGAUGUGGACUAGCUGAAGUAUAAAAUAAAUGUGAUUUACUUUAUAAAUUCUGUUCAUGUAAACUGAAAUUAUAUGAAAACCACCCCAGUUACCCUCCAAAAUGACAAAUUGUGUCGACUGCAGUUUCUUUUAGGAAGUACAUCUUCUUAAUGAUUCUUAUUUAUUAGGUAGUCUAACGUUAAUAUAUACAGAUCGAAACAUCCUUUGCCAAGUACAGUUACUCACUGCGAGGAGUGUGCAUUCUGGUGUAUGAUUUUUUUUUUCUGCAAAUACUGUCAGCACCCAUUUGAAUGCUGUAGAAAAGCUACCUGAAAAUACAACAUCGACCUUGCAGAAAAUCAAUGCCGCAUUGGACAGUGUUGCUGAGCUGCUCAGAAAUAUAUUCUUUGGAAAGAUCUAUGCAUCCAUCCUCCACUCAUGGGUGUCUGGAGCCUGUCCCAGGCAGCAAAGUGCACGGGGCUGGGGGACACCCUGGAUGGGAUGCCAGUCCAUCGCAGGGCCCAAACACAUACUGUCAUUCACUACUGGGGAAUUAGAGACUCUGGCGUGCAAAGUCCACACACAAAUAAUAUGAAGGCUAGUGUUUUUAAGGAAAAAUUUAUUUAAUUUAAUGUUCGUCAUUGAACACAUAACAGAACAUGUCCAUGCAAAGCUAGUGGUCUGGAGUUCAAAGUUCUAUAAGCAUGAUGUUUGUCCAUCAGUCCAUCUUCCAUAGUGCCUGUCCAGUUUGGCACUGGAGCCAGUCCCAGCCAGCACAGGGAAACAGACCUGGAGCCUCCUUUACAGGUUGCCCAUCCAUUACAGGGCACAACGGAACACGCUCAAUCGCACGGGUGCACAAAGAAGGAAAGAGUCAAACCCACAGCCCUGGAGGGCUUUCCUUCUGCCAAAUGUAGUGCUUUUUAUAGCAUUGGGAUGAAUGGAUAGAUGGAUGAAUAUAGCCCAGUAAUUAGACUUGCUUUCGGCGUAAGAAGGAAAGUACCAGAGCUGCUAUCCAUUAAUCAAACGAGUUUCUAAUGUGCUAUUUGCUUCACUUGUACGUCGCUUCGGACAAAAGCGUCGGCUAAAUGAUGUAAAUGUAAUCAAUACGUGACUGGCAGCAUGCUCCAGGACGGACUGCUGGAAGACGGCCUGAUGGAUAACAGUCAAUGGUCUUACGUAGGUGAUUACGGUCGCAAAUGGUUCACGGAAGUAAUUCCGGUCUGAGACACAUUACAGUCCUAAUGGGAAAUGCGGGGCUAAUACUGUUGAAAUAUUAACCAUUGCCAAAGGAAAUAUUUGUUUUGCAGGAAUUUAAUGAUAUUGUCAGCUAAUUACUGUGACCAUCAUAUCCUGACUCUGUUUAUUGAUCCAGAUAAUCAAAUUCUCACUGGGGAAAAAAUGGUCAUGGGAGUUUUACCCAAAAAUGUUCUGAGGGCAGAAAGAAAAAUGAUUGGUUCAGAGAGAUAACAAAUCAGAUUGUACAGGGGGUGGGUCCAAGCCACUAGAGGAGGCGGGACCAACCAAUCACAUUGAUUAUCUCAGAUGCAAUCAUUUUUUGUUCUGCUCUCAGAACAUUUUUGUGUAAGUAAAACUCCUAUGAGCAAAAAAACACUAAGGGACUUUACCUGAAUUCUCAUAAUGUAGUGCUUGAAAGGGGAACUUUGAAGUGUCUGUGUGGAUGUAACCAUUACAUUACGGUAAUGUUAGUCAGUAGUGUAGAUCUGAAGCAUCUAAACUCUGAGAGAACCCUCAUGCCAGCGCGCUAUCAGGGUUGGAUUUAACGUAGAUGUGAGAUGCGCUCGAUUUCGCAUCGAUUUCGGGUCUGUGUUUAAACAUAGGAGCUGCUUGCCCAGUUUUGGGUAAUUUCAUAUUAUGCAAAGGAAGGCUUAUCUAAAAUUGAUAUAUGUUCUGCUGUGGUCUUUUUCAUUAUUCAGCACUAAAAUAUCAGUUAUAGUUUUUGCUAUUCUUUAUCGUCAUUUUGAGUAUACUAAUGAUGAGCUUCUAAUAGAUUUAUUAACAACCACAUUGAGAAUAGCUAGGAGCACUUGGGAAAGCAGGAAUAAGAUUGGUCACUGGGAAGGGCAGGCUGGCAUGGUCAUAAACACUCAGAAAGCUGGAAAGUGCCCACAGAUUGUUUGGGGGUCGGUCCGUGGUGGUAUCUGCCUGUGAGCAGCGCACCAAACAUUUAUUUAUUUAUUUAUUUAUUGUCACAUAUUCACUUAAUAUAAUAACCCUUUGCAGACAGAGCUACGCAUAUGUGAGCAUAUAUGGGUAUAUAGGUAGUAGGGGUGUAACGAUACACCAAAGGCACGAUUCGGUUCGGUUCACGGUUUUGGAGCCUCGGCUCGGUUCGGUUCACGGUUUUGGAGCCUCGGUUCGGUUCGGUUCGGUUCGGUUUCUGUUUGCUGUGGGUUUGGGUUGAUGUCAUCUUAACAGCAAUGCUAAGGAACAAUAGAUUCACUUAAUAACAAGAACAACUAAACUUUUUCUUUAUUAACUUUGCCAUCACAUUUUUAGUACAGUCAGGAUACCUGAGUAAACAACAAAAAUUAAAUAAAUACCUCCAAUAUAGACUAGUCAGAAAAAAACAAUUCUAAUAACUUUAGAAUAUAAUAUUUAGAACAAAAUUUAGAACAAAAGCUCAUCAUUACUAAUACAAUUUAAUCAAAUGUGAUAAAAUAAAGAUGUGUUUAAAUUGGUUAAAUUAGUUAGAGACAAGUGACGUCAACCUCAACUAUGGGCAGCAGGGGGCGUGAGAGUACCGCGUUACGCCACGAGAGUUUCGCGAUACGUAUCGUGGUUGGUGUAUCGCGAUAUUUCGGUUCGGUUUGUAAUAUCGUUACACCCCUAAUAGGUAGAUAUGUAGCCAGGUGGGUUUCAGUGUAGGAGUUUACCACUGUGGGGCCACUGAGACAGGGAUAUACCACUGCAGAACAGUCUGGGGCUGUAAUACACUACCGCAGAGUGAGAGACCUGGUGUGCCUGUGAAGUAAAUGUACCAUCAUACUCUCUGUAGAUCACAACAUCCUGUAGAUGUGGUCUGGGCUGGAACAUAGCAUUGCGGAGUAAGCCAGGGCCGGGCUUGCCACCACAGAGGCGUUCCGGUCUGAAAUGCCCCACCUCAGUUUUGUUGGUCUUUGUGAGCUCUCUCUUGAGGGUUCUCUAGGCUUAUGAUUUGAGCGGCUGUCUGUGCUUGAAAGCUUCUACCCUUUAAGAUCUGUAAAGUAUACUUUCUUGAUUGCCCUCAUUUUAUAAAUGAGCUCUGCAUUUAGUGAGAGAGCUGCAGGCGUCUGAUCUCUGUAAACCCUGCCUCUAGUCGCCCUGUGCACCUUCUGUCGUUACCGUAGUCCCGGGGUUUUCAGCUGCGUUGAGACGAUGCUGUAUGCUGUGAAGCUGUGGAUUUGUGGCCGUGUCGGGGGGUCGAAGGGAGGGUGGCCGCUGUGUUAUGCUGUGUUUGACGUUCUGCAGCAUUAUGCAGGUAAAAUGAAGGCAUGUGCCUGCUGGGACCCCCACUGUAGUGUCUCUGUACCGGCAGUGAACAUGCUGCUCUCUGUUAAUCCAACACACACAUUUACACAUGUACGCACACUCACAGCACUGAUCACUGGAUCAGACACACAGAUCCUUUUCCUACACACACACACACACACACAAAUUCACACCUGUGAAUUUCUCCCUCUGCACAGACACACAUUCAUAAUUGAAAUGUCACUGUUGUUACUUCUGACAAAGACCCUGCCAUUUUUUGUAACUGUUUAUACAAGUUGAAGAUGAAUAAAGUAAAUCGUGUUAAAACAGUGUCA